AUGUCUGCAAACCAACCACAAAGAUCAAUAUCAUGUGGGAAUUCGGUUCAAUUGGUCUCCAAAUCAUUGUCCGAAAAGCUCCUCGAAAAAUACUUUGAUGCUUUGGAGUUCGAUUUUGACUACAAGGAGAGCGCGUUGUGGUCCCCACUCGUUCCAAGACGAGCUUUUUCAGUCGUCGUGCCAUUGUCGGAUAGGAGCAAGAAAAUGAGAAGCUUGAGGAAGGUCACAAGUUGGUUUGGUGGCCUCAUGGCAUGCUUGAAGAAAGUGAAGAAAAUCUCUCCAUUCAGACUAUCCUCACUCCUCCGCCUCGAGAAGGACCCGAAGCGAGCUCUCCAUCUCUUCCUCAACCCGAACCCGAACGACCGAAGCCCGAACCCGAAACCCUUCCGCCACUCCCUCCUAUCCUACGACCUCAUCAUCUCCAAGCUCGGCCGGGCCCGAUUGUUCCCGGAGAUGGAGUCCAUCCUCGACAAACUGAAGAACGACACCAGAAUCGCCGCCGAAGAAGUCAUCUUCUGCAACGCCAUCACCUUCUACGGCCCGGCCCGAUCCCCCCUCGAGGCCCGCCGCGCGUUCGACGAGAUCCCCGCCUUCCGCUGCCGCCGGACGAUCAAAUCGUUCAACACGCUCCUCAGCAGCCUCGCCGCCUGCCGGGAGCUCGGCAUGGCCCGCGACCUGCUCGCCGAGAUCCGCGAUUUCGGGGGCCCGGACGCCUGCACGUACAACAUUCUGAUCCGGACCUUCCUCGCGCGGCCCGAUCUCGCCGGUGCCCGCCACCUGCUCGACGAAAUGCUCAGCCAAGGCGUGACCCCCAAUUCCGUCACUUUCGGGACCCUCAUCAACGGGCUCUGCGCGAAUUCGGAGCUGGACGAAGCCUUCAGGCUGAAGACGCAAAUGGAGGAGGAAUUCAAGAUCGGGCCCGACGAGCCCGUAUACGUCCGUCUAAUCAAAGCUCUCUGCAAAGCCAGCCAGCUCAGCCGAGCCAUGGACCUAAAGGAAGAAAUGCUGAGGAAAGGGGUUCGAGUGGGGACCGCAGUCUACUCCACGCUGAUCAGCGUGUUUUUCAAGGCGGGCUGA